AUGCUGGCUAAGCUAACAGAUUCUAUAAAUAAAUGGGAUCGAGUUUUAUACAAGGCCGAAUUUGCCAUUAAUAACACGGUACACAGGUCCACGGGACAAAGUCCAAGUAUGUUAUUAUUUGGAAUAAAUCAAAUAGGCGAAGUCAACGAUGAAAUACGUAGAAUAUUGGAUAACAUAGUGUCUGAGGAUGUAAUUAUUGAUUUCGUGAGUACGAGGACGGAGGCAGCGAAUCGUAUUAUUAAAUCUCAGGAAGCGAAUAAGAUACGUUAUGAUGCGAAACAUAAACAGGCAACUAUUUAUAAAGAGAACGAUUACGUAAUGAUAACCAACACGGACGUAACAGUCGGAUGUAAUAAAAAACUAAUCCCAAAAUUUCGAGGACCGUACGUUAUUAAAAAAGUGUUAGAUCGGGAUAGAUAUGUCGUGAGUGACAUUGAAGGUUUUCAGGUCACGCAACGCCCGUACGAAGGUAUUAUAGGACCAGAUCGUAUGAAAAGAUGGGUUAAAUAA